AUGGAGUCUGAUAAUAGAGGCACACCACAGACUCCUCCCAACAAGUUUACGGGUGCACUUCAGGCAUGGUCGCAGAUCGAUCUACCAAAUCUCCAAAAAAAAUUGGAUGAACAAGGCCUUGAAAUCAAAGAAGAACAAAAACUGAGUUUAUUGUCUCGCAAAAAUUUGGCAGCGAAAACCAAGGAAUUCAAGAAGUUACCGGAUGACGAGAAGCUUGAUUCACUCAAGCUGCUUCUCAAGCUUUACCAGAACGAAAUCGACUCAUUGACCACCAAAAGAAGCAAUGUUGAGAAAUACUUCUUCAGCUUCUACCGAGUUAUGGCCGAAGCGCCCAACCCGAGGCCACUUCUAGAGGCUUCUCUUGCCUCUGUGAUCAGCUCGUCGGAAGCAGAAACCCUCAAAAAGGAAAUAAGUGACUUGAAAGACGAAUUGGCAAGACGGGCAGACUACGACCAAUUGAAGCAGCGGAUGCUCGAAAGCGAACAAAAGGCUGCCGAAACGUUGGGAGCCAAACUCACAGCCAAGGAUGACGAGUAUAAGGCGCUUAUUGACGAGAAAGAGUCCAAUUGGCAGGAGAAGGAGAAGGGACUUCGCGACCAGCUUGACAGUGCCAAGAACACCAUCGAGGAACUUCGUACGUCCAAAGAAGUCACCGAGCUCCAAUUGAACUCCCAGAGCUCCAAUGCGGUACCUGCAGACCUGGCAGCAGUUUUGGCUGAGCUCGAGAUGGCAACGAGGGAUGCCGAGUUUUCCAAAAAACGGUCGAUCGAGCUUGAGAAUAGAAAUGAGAAUUUGCGUCGAGAAUUAUCGAUGUUAAAGUCCAAGUUUGAAGACGGUGAUUUCCAGAAGGAGAACACGAAAAAGAUCUUUGAUCUUGAAAGCGAGAACGCUCGUGCAUUAGCCACCCUAAACCAACUUCGCAACAAACUUCAAGAUGCUCAGACCGACCAAAAAGACAAAAGCGAGCUUUACGAGCGCCAGAUCAACCAGCUUACAGUGGAGGUCCGGGGGUUGAAAACCAAGUUGGAAGAAACCAACGAUUACGACGAAUUGAAGCAAGAGCUCCAUAUACUCCGGCAGUUGGAGUUUGGCACCGACGACGCAGAAGACGACGAAUCCAAAGAAUUCGACUCGCUUUUGAUGCAACGCAACAAGGCUCUCACGAAGGAGUUAGCCGACAUUCGUUCACAGCACGAUGGCCUCGUGGAGAAGAUUCAUCAUCUAGAGCAAGGUCUCGAAAAAACCAAUAAUGAACUCCAACAAGCCCACAGUCAUAAUAGGAAAUUAGAGAAAGACUUACAAGAGGCAGUGGAGGCUCAUCGGUUCAACGACAAUGCUAGCAUGAUAUCGGGUGUGAGUCGAUUCACCACCAUGACCAGAGGCACUGCAAAUGGAGGAGAAGAAUCACAAUCGAUAUUGCCGAUAGUCACCAAGCAGAGAGACCGGUUCAGAGACCGGUGCACUGAGCUCGAAGAAGAGUUGCGAAAACAGACGGCUAUCAUCAGCGAGUACAAAAGACAGGUUCAUCAGCUUAAAAAGGACAACGAAGAGCUCUAUGAACGAACCCGAUACUUGGCUUCGAACGGAACAUCGACUAGUGGAAGAAGGGUGUUCCAACCCAAGCCCAACAUGGACCUUGAAAAUAACCCAUAUCGCCAAUCGUACGAGUCCAAACUCCACCCCAUCGAGCAGUUUCGAAUGCAAGAACAAGAACGUAUCAGCUCUCGAUUAUCACCGGCAGAACGUCUCUUCAUCUCACUCACAAGAGCAGUGCUUGCUACUAGAGUCACCAGAAUGCUCUUUCUUAUCUACUGUGUGGGUCUACAUUGUGUGGUGAUGAUAGUCACCAUCUACGCCAUGAGUCUAAAUACCACCAUGCUUCCAGAAGUUGGAUUAAAUUCGUCUACUGGAGGCGUGGCUAAUGGAAUCCUGGGGUCGCCUGACGUCCACGUGAACAUGGCUGCGGCACCAUAG